CUCGGCAUCACUCAAGACUCAACAAGUGCCUCCCCGCAGCGCAACAUGCCCUCUACACUCAACGCGUACUUGCUGUCUGCAGUGAUGCUGGCUGCUUUGCUGCUGUGCGCCCCAGGAGCUCCGCUGGAAGACGCGCCCACCGAAAGCCCGGCAGGUGACCCCUCAGGUGAGGAGGAGCUGGACUCCUCUGACCUGCUGAGCAACUUAGAGGUCUGGGACAAGAUCCUUCCCACAACCAAGCGCCACGAACAGCAGUUUGAAGAUGAGUUCCAAAAUGAGGUGAAAUACCAUUUUCUGGAUCACUACAAAAUCUCGUCUCUCCCAGCUUACUGUCCCCCCUCCAACUUCAGCAAGGAGGCAUGUCUCCACAGGUUUGUCUCAGGCCUGCUCACCUACAGCGUUCUUCUCAUGCACGUGGAGAAGGAGUACCCCGGCAGCCUGAUCUGCUCAGAGGUCAGACGCUUCAGCGUCAUCCUGAUCAACCAGAUCAAAGAAAAGAUGAAGAACCCUGAGCGGGUGACGGCAGUGACCAGCAGCCAGGAGGCGCAGCUGCUGAAGGCCCUCGAGAACCCCAACACUUUCCACAGAAAGAUGACUGCACACAGCAUCCUGCAGCAGCUCCACUACUUCCUACUCCACGGCAAAAGACAAAUUGCUAAAAGAGAGAGGACCAGAGGAAGUUCGGUCUUCAGGACGAUGGAACCUGUCAGUUUCUACCAAACGCUGAAGAGAUGAGAGUAUUUAAAACCAGUUAUGGCGAAUACCUCAGGGAAUUUGUGUGGCGUAAACACUGCAACUGUCGUCACACUUGGGUGGUUUUUGUUUGUUUUUUUAUGGGAGGGUGAUGAAAAUGAAUGCUGAGUGCAAAAACUGUAUUUACAGUAUAGUUACAAUCUAUGAUUGUGUACAUCCUAAAGGCCUCAUGGCAACAGUCCACUGUCGCAUAACUUAUUUAACCUAUUUAUACUUGGUGAAAAGUGUUAUUUAUUGGUUAUGGGAAAACCCAUGAUUGUGGGCAUCCUACACUAAAAAAUAUUUUUUAUUUAUGAUUCUAGUGUUGAUUAAUGCAUUGUUAGGACUGCAUUGCUUUUUAUACAAGAAAACAUUUUUUGUGAAGUAAUAAUACAACAUAUCUUUGUGAACAGUGAGCUUACACCAACAGUAUUCUUAAUUAUUUAUUCAAAAUUACAUUUAUUU